AGAUGGUUAGUCGGGUAUCAAAUAAGUCAAUCGUGUACCUCCAUGUGGUGGCGCUGCAUCUCUAAACGUACAGUACAGCACAGCCGACGAAGAAGAAGCUUCCCCCCACGACUUUGACGUUUAGCAGCUGCGGCUAUCUUGACCUUCUAACUGCAGCGUGGUAAACUGAAAGAUGGCUGGACGUGCGUUUGCAAAUUGGUGGGCCAAGAUGAGCCCUUACUACACCAAGGCAUACCAAGAGAUGUGGGUUGGUAUUGGCAUCAUGACAUACCUGUACUACAAAGUUUCCUAUGGAGGCAAGAAGGCUGUGAAGGACAAGCCUGCCCAUUGAGUUCUCCACCAUGCUGACCACCCCUCCACCUCCUGUGAUAUAAUGCCCCAGUCGCUAGUCCAGAAGUCCAGCUUCAUAUUAGAAUUUUUGUUAAUAUGGAACAAAUAAAGUUGUUAUCCAAAACUUUA